AUGUCUUCCUAUAACGUACAAGUAGACAACAAACAACAGAAAAGAGAGAUAGUUUCUUCAUUAAGGGUAGAGGACGGUAGUGAUGAGCAAACGGCAACAGCAACAACAGCAGGAGCAGCAGAAAAAACAGGAGAAACAACAACAGCAGCGCACGCACAAGACACAGCAGAAGCAGCUGCAGCAGCAGCACAAGAGUACGAUGAGAGUGCCGAGGCUGAAGGUUCCCCUCCAAAGAAAAUACGUUUAGAAGAAAGAAGGGAGGAGGAGGAAAAAAAUACAGAAAGAAACAAAGAUAAAAGGGAAAAUAACACGAACAGCAGCAAGUGUACAGAGGUUGGCAGCAGCAGCAACAGUAGUAACAACAAUAUAGGAAAUACAAGUACAAAUAAUAGUAAUAAUAACAAAGAUAACCAACAAACAAACAGCAGUAGGAGCAGUAGUGGUAAGGGAAGCAACAAUAGACAAGAAGAGGAAGAAGAGGAAGAAGAAAAAGAAGAAGAAGAAACAUACAAAGGCAACAAAGAAUACUUUUUAUCUGUUGUGCAUGCGGAUGAAUGUUGCCAUUCUUCUUUUUAUAUAAAAAAAGCAACAAUGGUAUAUGAUUUGUUAGAGAGUUGUAUACAAGAAAUAGCAGAAAAAAACACAAAUAAAGGGAAUAUAGCGAAGAAUACAGCAGCAGAAGACGACAGUACAAGACACGACGAAGACACAAAAGAAGAGAGAAAGAAUAAAGAAAAAGAAGAAGAAAAAGAAGAAAAAACAGAGAAACACAAGGAGAGUGGUGGUAUGGAUCAUAUGUCGAUAUGUUUAUCUUUUUCUGGUUUUGCUUCUCUUAUUGAAUUUAAUCCAUUAAAUACAUUUUCCUUAAAAUUACCUAAAAAUAUAACUCUUGUUCUUGGUUAUAGUGGAGAAAAAGCAAAAAAAAUUAUUAAUAAACAUCUUAGGAAAAAAGAUCCUGUUGCUCUUAAUAACAUAAAAGACUACAAAGAAUUAACUCUGCAAACAGCACACAAAAUAUGCUUCGGAUCCCUAGAG